UUAAUUCAUUCCAUAUAGCACGUUCAAUAUAGCAAUAACGCUUGUUGAAAGUCACCUAAAAAUAAUAAAUUGUAGUUAGUCUUUCCUCUAUGAAUGUUAUUAUUUGACAUAUAUACAUAGUUUCACUGAGAUCCUUUCUUUCAAAACUGUUUUACCAUACAUGGCAAUAGAUUCAAUCUGCUUGUGCUUGAAAGCCAGCGUAUGAGUCUAAAAGAUAUGAUGCUUUUGUUAUUUCUCUUAUCAUUGGUACUUCAUGUAUCAUGUCAACAGUUUGGUUCACUGCCUCCUCGUCCAACUACUGAUGUAAGAUUGUUUCUUGGUGAGGAGAAUGUGACUAUUGCUAAUUUCUCAAUGAUAGCUGCUGGUCUGUUUCAUGAUACUGAUAUAGAUGAACCUGGUAAUGCUGUUGGUGUUGUUGGUAGUCCUGAUGGUCAGAAUGAUGGUUUGUGGUGUCAGAGUUCUCUUAAUCAGAAUAUGAUAGGAACAUGGUAUUAUCCUGAUGGAACAACUGUACCAUUGGGUUCUGGUAGUCCUCUGUUUGCUAACAACACUGCUACUGGUCAAAUUGGUUUGUUAAGAAAUGGAGGAAUAGCAAGUGUUCAAGGACUAUACAGUUGUGUUAUACCAAAUGAAGAAGGAAUCAAUCAGACACUGUAUGUUGCUGCUUAUGGGAACAAUGAUUUCUUCAAAUAUGAUGAACUUCCAGUUAUUGAUAGUAGUGGUCCCUCCUUCCAGCUCCUCUCAUCAGUUGAUGCUGAUCCUCCAGUGUUUAGUUUAUCAUUUACUGUCACUAAUAGAUCACCAACAAUAGUCACUUGCUCUGUUGGUAAUGGAAACCAGUUUAAUGUAUCUGAUAAUGAUUUGAUACAUACUGUAAAACCAGUUAAUAAUGAUGUACAAGUACAAGUAUCAGUAAUAUUUAGAAUGAGAGUGUCUGGCCUGUAUAAAUGUUCUGUUACUACUGACAGAAUUACAACCACACCUUUAGUAUCUACUAAUAUGGCAGCGAGAGAUAUUACUGUAACUGAAUCUCCAUCAAACUUGGUUCACAGCAGAAAUAGCCUUAUGUCAGUCACACUAGGCUGGUCUCCCUCAGCAGUGAUUAGUGCUACUCCUCAGUAUCAUGUCUUUGUUAAUAACAGUAAUGGUAUUAUUAUGAAUGAUAGCACUACAAAUACUGAUCUGUCUCUCUCAUUACGUCCUGAUGAUAAAUAUAAUAUUAGACUAGUAGCUACUGGUGAAGACUUACCUAGUAAAAUAAUCACUGUUACAAUUCCUCAAGUUGUCAGUGUUGAAGUACAGGGGCCAGUUAUCAUGCCAUUGAAUCAUUUUUCUUCCUUUUCAUUAACCUGUACAUUGACAUUAGCUCCUAAAGUGAAUGAUACUACAGUACAAAUGUUCUGGGCAAGUCCUGAUCUCAUUCUCUUCAAUUCUACAACUGAUGGAGACAUAGUUUUAGAUAGUUUAGAGCCUACAAUGAUAUCAGUGAAUGAUAGUGUUGUAUAUACACUUACUCUUAGCUUCAGUUCAUUGCAACCAUCACAAGUUGGAGAAUAUGUUUGUGGGGCUCUACUGAAUGAUGGGGCUGCUACCAAUACCAUUAGUGCAGCAUCAAAUUAUUCUAUAUCUAUACAAGUACCAACUCCUUCAGUUAUUGUUGAGUAUAAUGCUACUGGACAUUUAGUAGAUGGAGAACUAGCAGAAGGACAGUUUCUUGAUAUUAUGUGUAUAGCUGACAUCAGUCAAUAUAUUGAUACUAGUGUUAGUGUUACUAUGAGUUGGAGGAGAAAUAACACUGUACUGACCAAUGGAAGUGAUUUUACUAUCAGUCCUCCAGUUAUGACUAAUAAUCAGUACACUGGUGUGUUACGUAUUAAUAGUUUAAGAGAUGAACUUGAUAAUGGUGCUAGUUAUAAUUGCUCAGUUAGUGUGACUCCUAAUACUCCUUUUAUAAUAGCAGGGAAUGAUAAUAGCAGUGCAGUUACAUUAACUGUAUCAAGGUUUGAUAUCAAUCAUGUUGAUAUAAGUAUCAAUAUUCCUUCUGUUCCUGUUGCUGGUGAUGUAUUCAAUUUAUCUUGUGUUAUAGUUGUACCUCCUAAUUUUGUUGAGAAUCUUACUAGUGUCAGAUGGACUUAUGAUCUAGAAGCAUCUCGAGAUGUGACUAGUGAAAACAAUGAUGCUACACUAGUACCUGUUGUUAGAAAUGGAAAUAUAUUCACCAGUGUACUUACACUUGAUCCAGUGAAGACAACUGAUGCUAGACAAUAUUACUGUCAAGCAACAAUUCUAGUAUUUGGUACUGUAGAUCGUAUUAACAGAGAUUUAACUGUUCAAAUAUCUCCUCCCAGUGUAUCAAUGGUUACUGAUCCUCCAACUAUUCCAAUAGAGAGUACAAGUUACUUACUAACCUGUACAGUUACAGUAAACACUACAAUAGUGAAUACACCAGUAACUGCUAAUGUAGUAUGGACUGAUCCUAGUGGUAAUGUAAUACCAACUAAUGAAGCAAGACGUCAAGUGACACCUCCAACUGGUAACAGUCUUGUAAGCAUGCUAUUGUUUCAACCUAUUGAUACUGGCCUUAAUAAUGAUGGAGGAACAUAUACCUGUCAAAUGAUCAUCAAUUCUGGUAACUCAUUAAUAGCAUCAAGUCAAAGUACUAAUACUACCCUUACUGUUACUGUUGAAAGUCUUCCUCCAAUGACAGUAGAUUUCUCAUCAGCUGGUUUAGUUGAAGUUGGUCAGAGUCUAACUAUAACAUGUACCAUAACAACAGUUGAGAGAUUAGUAGUAACACCAUUGAUUACUUUCAUUAAAAUGAAUGAUACAGAUAUGGAAAUGCUCAUUAACUUAAAAAGACUAUACACUAUCACAACAGAUGAUACUGGUUCAGUUACUAACAAUACUCUAAUACUGGAUCCAGUGAGGUUUGAAGAUGCUGGAAUGUAUACAUGUAUGGCUGAGUUUCAUGUAACUGGUUUUAAUAACACCAAUGAUCCUAGCACUGCUACUUAUGAUUAUCAAGAAGAUAGUGAUGUCUUUAAUUUAACUGUUGACUUCCCACCAGUGAUUGUUACUAUAUCAAAGGAACAUGAUGAUACAUUAUAUGCAGGGACACCAUUCUUCAUUAAAUGUGACAUAAUGUUAGAUCCAUUAGUUACUAUACCAGUGACUGUCACUAAUCAAUGGACACGUGAUGGUACUAAUGUUCCUAUGGGUUUAUCUGACGCUACUAUUACUGAGGGUCUCAAUAUGAUCAAUACAUUAUAUUAUAAUGCAACAUUAAUGUUCUAUCCAUUGGAUAAUGCUGAUGAUAGUGGAAUGUAUACUUGUAAUGUUGAAGUGACUGCUCCUAAUAGUUACAUGUAUCUCAGGAAUACAUCAGCUAAUGCUAAUACUUCCAUUACAGUUCUUGCUACUCCAGUACCAGUAGUAGAGAUAGUAACUAUGGGUAUUGCUGAACCUGGUAAAGAAUACAUGUUAAAUUGUACAGUGACAGUUGUUGAUAGACUCAUAGUCUCACCAGUGAUAACAUGGACUAAGAGAUCAGCUAACAAUGUUAUUAGUGUACCUCCAGUUUUUAUGACUGUAUCUAAUGUAAUGAGUUCUCUUUAUUUGAACUUCUCUUCUCUCAAUACUUCUGAUGCUGGUCUAUAUACUUGUGAAGCCUCUAUUAAUGUUAGUCAAAUAUCUAUUGUAUCAAGGAGUAAUGACACCUCAGAUUUACCAUUAGACAUUCCCAAUCCAUCUGUUGAUGUGAGUCUAUCAAGAGAGGAUUAUUUCUUAGCUGGCAGUAUUCUGAUACUAACAUGUGAUAUCAGUGUUGAUCCUAAUGUUGAUACACCAUUCACUGUUGAUGUAACCUGGAACAUGAUCAAUCAACAAAUCAUGAGUAGUGGUGAUAAUGGAGAUAAAAUUAAUCCUAAUUUAAUGAUGCUUGCUGAUACAAAUCGUGUUAAUACCAGCUCUGUUAUGAUGAGAUCAAGUUGUAAUGAGUAUAGAUCAACUGUUAAUUUCACUACAUUGAGUAGUAUUGAGGAUUCAGGAACAUAUACAUGUAUUGUUACUAUAGUACCAGCUCCAGCUUAUGAAUAUGUAACGAUUUCUGAUGUAAAUUAUACAAGCAUAAACUUAACUGUGACUGAUCCUAUUGUUAAUAGUUUCUCUGCUUUCCCUGACUCAUUUCUGGGUCUGGAAACAUCAUGUCUUCAUUCAGACCCAUAUGAUAACUUCACUCUUACCUGUACAGCCACUAAACCAACCAUAGUAAUACCAAGCCUGGUAAUAGCAUGGGUACAUAAUGGUACAAUAGAAACUGGUACUGUGACUACUACUGGAGGAAAUAUGACUACCACUGUUACUAAUAUAUUGAGUUUCAACACCAGUAGGCCUUCUGAUUCUGGUACUUAUAGAUGUACUGCUAGUAUUACUAUACCUGAUUCAACUACAAUAAUGACUACUAAGGAAAGUACUAUCACUAUAAAAUCUCAGAGCCUACCAGUUCCUGCUGCUAAUGUAACAGCUACUCCAGGAACAACUACUGCUGCUAUAUCAUUCAUAAUACCUAACAUUGCCUAUACACCUGAAACCUACAGUGUUAAGUAUACUGGAGCAAUCUUACAAACAGCACAAGCAACUUCUAUCAUAAGAAUGAGCUCCAGUAACAUUAGUGCAAUUAACGAAGAAUUUACAAUCAUGUUGACUGGCCUUGAGGAAGAUAACACUUAUACAUAUACAGUUGAUUCUACCAAUUGUCUUGGUACUACUAGUACUGUUAUAAUGAGCUUUCGAACACUUCCAGCAAUGCCUGUGGCUCCUCCAAUAGAUUGUGCUAAUAUAACAUUUCUACCAAGUAAUGUCACACUUACCUGGACUGCACCAGCACUAAUAGAUCAAAAUGGAGCACCAGUUGGUUAUAAAUUAACAUGCAUAAAUAUUAAUGGUGUAUCAGUCAAUGGAUUGAGCCCAACACAAACUUCAACAAACACAAUGUUCACUAUUACUGAUGUUAUGCCUUUUACUAGUUACACUUGUGAGCUGUCAUUUAUUAAUGUAGUAGGAGAAGGACCUUUUACCCAGUGUACUUUUGAAACAGCUCAAGAUAUACCAAUUGACAGUCCUCAGAAUUUCACUUCAAUACCUGAUAAAACAGCAGUUACUUUUACAUGGACUAGUCCAGCUACUCCUAAUGGAGUAAUUAUUGAAUAUUCACUAAUUAUUGAAUAUUCACUGAAUGUCAUCAAUCAAGAUGUGCCGACAAUACAUAACUAUACAAUACUUGUAUCUGUGAAUCAAACUACAGUCACACAAUUAGUUGAUGGUUUCAGUCCAUAUCAGAAUUACACUGCUAGUGUUAGUGCUAGUACAAUCAUUGGAGCUGGACCAGUGGCUACUACUGCAGGAAGAACACUACCAGACAUUCCUAGUUCACCUCAUCUGGUAGUGUCUCCAGUUGUCAUUAAUAGUUUAACAGUAGCUUAUACUGUACCAGUUGUUAAUGAAACUACUAUCAAUAUAACAUGGAGUCCACCAUCUCAUCCUAAUGGAGAAAUCACUGGAUUUAUUGUUAAAAUAGCUACUGAUGCUAUUACUAGUUCUGAUGAUGUUCUAUUUGUACCUGGAAAAGUACUAUAUACUUUAAUAUUCAAAGGAUUAAGGGCAAAGACACCUUAUUAUAUUUCAGUUGUAGCAGUCAAUCAAGUUGGUGAGGGAAAUUCAGCCACUGCUAUUGUCUUCACUAAAUCUGACAGUAGCAUUACAGUAUCACCAUCAAAUGUACAAGCAAUGAGAAUAGGAGAUACAAUAGUGUUAUCAUGGGAUCCAGUGACACUAGAAGAAGCUAAAGGAUUCUUUGUAUACAGUAUCAGAUUAACUCCUGAUGAUGGUAGCACUAGCAGUACAUUAAGACAAACUAAUACAAGAACUAUAUCAGUAGCUUAUGAUACCACAUCAGUUAAUAUAACUGAUACUGAACCACAGUUAGCUUAUACUGUGAGUAUUAGUGUAUUGCUAUUGAGUGAUGUAGGACUAAUUGAAGGACCAACUGUAAGCAAAAUUAUACUAGUGUCUCCAUCUAUUAGUACUAGUGCUACUACUACUACUACUACUACUACUACUACUACUACUACUACUACUACUACUACUACUACUACUACUACUAGUACUGAUUCUACAUUUAGUGUACCAGUAAUAUCAGGAAUAGUUUCAGUUUUGAUUACAAUAGCCAUAGUUGCAAUGGUGCUGAUCAUCAUUUGUGUGAUAGUAUAUAAGAAGAAGUCAAAGAAGUAUAAUAUAAAGAAAUUUGAUGAAAAUGAUAUAAAUCUAACACCUAAUGCAGGAUAUGGCAUGGUUAAUGUUGUCAAGAAUACUGCCAUGGAAAAUGAUGAUGAUGGAAUUUAUGAAAGAAUGGGAGAUGAUCAGAUUUAUGAACAAUUAGAUGAACCUGAUCUGCUUGCUGCAAGAGAAAGUGCUGCUGCAACAUAUGAAAAUACUACUGCUAAGCCUAUUGUUAAAGACUCAAAAAGCAUUCACAAAAAAGAAAACGAUGAAAGUAUGUAUGAACUGAUUGACAUUGUUUUGAAAUAACUAUGCUCAUCAUGCACUAUUCUUUGGGAGUGCUAAAAACUCUUUAUUUUAUAUGUAGAUGUAAUAAACAGAUUGUCAUGCAUACACUGGUUUAGUUUGAUUUAGAUAGUUGAAGCACACGUUUAAUUUC